AUGGCAUAUUUCAUACUCCCAACUCUGUUUUUGCUCGUGUGCUCAUUUGGGUCGUCGCUAGCUGGUGGAAUCAGUAACCAGACUGACGAACAAGCUCUGCUCGAUUUCAAAUCCAAGAUUACUUCAGACCCACUUGGAAUCUUCAACUCCUGGACCAGCUACGCCAACUCUUCUUCUUCUUCAUUCCAUUUCUGCAAAUGGGCAGGGGUCACCUGCGACAACGACGGCGGCGGCGAAAGAGUCACCCGGCUCGACCUCAGCGCUCGACUCCUCGAGGGCACGAUUUCUCCAUCCAUCGCCAAUCUCACAUCUCUCCGGGAACUCCUGCUCCAAAACAACAGCUUAUCGGGCGAAAUCCCCGCCGGAAUCGGCAGAUUGGCGAGCCUCCAGAGGCUCCAUCUCCACACCAAUUUCCUCACCGGCGAAAUCCCGCGGAACACCUCCGGCUGGUCCAGCCUCAUUUUCCUAAGCCUCGGCAAAAACAAGCUGGUCGGAAGGAUUCCCGAUAGGCUAGCUACCGCGAAGCUCCGGUAUCUGAAUCUCGAACUCAACAAUCUCACCGGCGGCGUCCCGUCGUCGCUCGGGAACAUUUCCUCUCUGGAAGCGAUCGGAAUGGGGUUCAACAACCUGGGAGGAACGAUCCCCGAAUCGCUCGGCCGCCUCGAGAGGCUAUCCGCGCUCUCAAUGGGAGGCAACUCUUUGACGGGAGCCAUCCCGCUUCCAGUCUACAACAUUUCUUCCAUCGUCUAUCUCUUCUUACCGGUGAAUAGGCUUCAGGGGACGCUCCCCGCUGAAUUGGGCAACCUCCUUCCGAAUCUCGCCGAGCUCAACAUCGGCGAUAAUCAGUUCACCGGGACCUUCCCUGCUUCGCUGUCCAAUGCUACAAACUUGGAGAGGCUUACAAUCACCGCCAACCGUAUCUCUGGAGCUCUGCCGUCAUUGGAGAAGUUGCAUAAGCUCUGGUGGCUGAGCGUUUCGACGAAUUCGCUUGGAACCGGUGAAUCGGGUGAUCUCGAAUUCCUUUCCACCGUCAGCAAUCUGUCGAGUCUGCAGUUGGUUGCUCUGAAUAACAACAAUUUCGGGGGAUCAUUGCCGCAAUCAGUCGUUAAUUUUACAGAGCUUUCGAGUCUGGUGGUGAAUAAUAACAAGAUGACAGGGAAAAUACCUGAAGGGAUGGCGAAAUUGAAGAAAUUGGAAUGGCUGCAUUUGGGUAACAAUCAGUUUACAGGUAUUGUUCCAGAAGAGCUUGGAAAGUUGGGGAAUCUGAAGAAAUUGUAUCUCCAUGGCAACAAAUUCUCCGAGGGUAGAAUUCCGUCUUCUUUUGGGAAUUUAAGCCAGCUGACACAUCUCGGCAUGCAGCAGAGUUCGAUUCAGGGGGGAAUUCCAUCAAGCUUGGGGAAUUGCCGGAAUUUGCUAUCCCUGAAUCUCGACGGAAACAAUCUCACCGGAGAAAUCCCUGGAGAAAUUCUCAGCAUUGAGUCUCUAACUAUCUACUUGGGUUUGGCUGAAAACAGAUUUACAGGCUCCCUGCCGAGACAAGUCGGAACCUUGAAAAAUCUGGGGAUACUUAACGUUUCUCACAACUUAUUAUCCGGCGAAAUUCCGGCGAGCCUUGGAAGCUGCAGUAGUUUGGAGGGGCUGCUGUUGCAGAACAAUUCUUUUCAGGGAGUGAUUCCUAUGUCUCUGAAUUCAUUGAAGGGAAUUCAAGUCUUGGACUUUGCUAACAACAAUUUGACCGGAGAAAUCCCGCAGUUCCUGGGGAGCUUCCAAUCACUGACAAGCUUGAAUCUGUCCUACAACAAAUUCCAUGGCAGAGUGCCGAACGAAGGCGUGUUCAGAAACUCGAGUGCGGCUACCGUUACAGGAAACGGUCGACUGUGCGGUGGUAUACCUGAAUUCACACUGCCUCUCUGCAACAACAACAAUAAGAAAGCAAAGAGGCUUUCCUUGGCAAUCAUCGUAGCUUCCGUCUUUGUUUCCCUGGCUCUGUUUUCAUCUGUCCUGUUUCUGCUCUGCAUCAAGAGAAAGAACAGAGUGGACCUAGAUGCAGAAUCUUCGGCAAGUCCUUUUCCCCAAGUUUCUUACCACAGCCUGAGGAAGGCGACUGAAGAAUUCUCUCCCCGGAAUUUGGUCGGAACGGGAAGUUUCGGUUGCGUCUACAAAGGCAUCGACCCGAAAGAUGGGAAAGUUAUCGCCGUGAAAGUUCUGAACCUUCUUCACCCUGCAGCUUCCAAGAGCUUCAGAGCCGAAUGCGAGGUUUUGAGAACCGUCAGACACCGCAAUCUCCUCAAGCUACUAACAUCGUGCUCGAGCAUCGACACUGAAGGGAACGAAUUCAAGGCCUUGGUUUAUGAAUACAUGCCCAACGGGAGCCUGGAAGAAUGGCUGCAUCAUGACCCUGCAUUUGAAAUCGAAGCAGACUCGGACUUUGCUUCCCCUCCGAGGAAGAAGCCGAUGAAUUUGCUUGAUAGAUUGAAUGUGGCAAUUGAUGUGGCGAACGCGUUGGAGUAUCUUCAUCACGGCCUAAAGACUCCAAUAGUUCAUUGUGAUUUGAAGCCGAGCAAUGUUCUUCUCAAUCAUGAAAUGACAGGGGUGGUUGGGGAUUUCGGGCUUGCCAGACUUUUCCCCGAAGCCAAAGCCAUAGUUAUCAGUCGCAGCCUGUCCUGCAGCUUUGGAGUCAGGGGAACCAUAGGCUACACAGCUCCAGAAUAUGGGAUGGGAAACGAAGUAUCUACGAGCGGAGAUGUGUAUAGCUACGGGAUGUUGUUGUUGGAGUUGUUCACAGGGAGGAGACCAACGGAUGAGAUGUUCGAGGACGGUCUGAACCUGAACUUGCAUGCUAAAGUGGAUUCCUGGGAGGAAGCAAAUGAGAUAUUGGACGUAUUUUUGCUCGAUGAGAUUGAAGAAACAAUGAUAUACGCCGCCAGAAACACUAUAGUUCAAGAAUGUGUUCUCUCAAUACUUAGACUCGGAGUAGUUGCUUCGGCAGAAUCGCCCGAGCAGCGGAUGAGCAUCAGUGACGUUGCAGUAGAGCUGCUUGGAAUCAAGGGGAAACUUGUAAAAAAGUGGGUUCCUGCAAGCAAGCAAAAGACAUAUUGGACGUCUACUUCUGUACGAGAAGAUGGAAGAAACCUCGAUAUAUGCACCAGAAACACUUCCAUUCAAGAUUGUGAGGCAGAAAUAUGA